AUGCAGCACACUGCUCAACCAAUGGCGUUUCCACCUUCCGAGAGCGAUGGUAAUGAUUCCACAUCACCAGGGGCGUCUGGACGACAGGGUAUCAGACCCCUCCACAAAAGGCGGCACCUAGACACGGAUAGCGGCCAUUGUAUGGUUUUAGAGAGCAUUGAUCCGAAAUCCAUGUCGGUUUAUCGCCGGCACACGAAGCUCUUUGCGGCACCAGCCUCGUCCACAGGUCUUUCACAGGUAGGUCUCAAGGUUGCCAGCUACAGCACUAUGGCUACCGUACUCAGCUGGCUACUGCAAGUAUUGGCCCAGGACUCGGAGUUCGGCAGCCAGAGACUGUGGGGUGACGGUUCGCCCAUUCAAGUCGGCUACGAAGUGACAGGUCGAAUCGCCAACUGA